AUGGAUUCUCCAUUUGACUCUCCGGAAAAUACUCCUCCAAGACACUCGAGUAUACCAACGAUCUCGACCUCGUCUUGUACAGAUCCAGAACCUAGACAAAUAAAUAGAGGUUUCACUCUACCAACACCUGGGUCUCCUAAACGUGGCUAUAAAAAGCCUGCUAAACCUCGAGAGUUUGCUAAAAGCGCUAAAAAACGUCAAUCUGUUUUAGCUCUGGCAAUGUUAGAUGCUUGGUGUAUGGUUACUGGUGAAGUAAAAGCUGAAGCUGAUCCUGUACCUGUUGAUGUUUUGGCUGCUAUUGAAACUACUACAAAAGCUCUUCAAUCUGUAAAAAGUUAUUCAAUGUUUAAAGAAGAUCUUUCUGAUGAUGCUCUUACUAAAAUUCGUGCUACUGCUUUAGAAGUUCUUGAAAUGAUUAGUAAUUUAGAAAAAGAGCAUCGUGAUGAUGACACUGAUGAUAGUAGCAGUGAAGAUGGCCAUAUAUACAAAGAAUCUAAUUAUAGAUCAUUAGAUAGUCAACGUGAAAUUUUGAAAAAAUAUUUAUUGGUAGUCGAGGAUAAUUUACUCUUUGAUGAUAAAGAUAUUUAUCAUAAUGUUUCUUAUUUAAGAACUUCAACUGAUGAAGAAAGGAAUGGUAAUGAUGCUCCAAUAACUCCUCCUUUAUCACCUGGUCACCCAAAUAGUGAUUGGGUGGAUCCUGAUCAUUUUGGUGCUCGUUAUCAUGCUUUUUUGGAAGCUCAUCGCCCAUCAAAGUCUAAACAAGCCCCUGGUUAUACUCCACUUCCGGAUCCUUCUAUAGAUAAAACUGAAUUUUUGGCUUCUUUAGCGUUACGACGUUCGAAACGUCCUUUCGGUUUUAUUGAUAAGAUACAUGAGGACACAUCAAGAACUUAUCGUGCAACUGAAAAUUUAAAAUUCUUUAUAGCAUUCCGUUUCGAUAUCAAAUUUGACGAUAUUAAUGUAACAGAAGUUGUCAAAUUGACAAAUACGGGUAAAGCUCACAUAUUUUGUGAAAAAGCUAUGCAAGAACUCAUAUCAACUGGUUCAUAUAAACAAUAUCCUUUAUCACGAGUUUCAUCCAUGUACGUGCAUGAAGCUUUCUCAAAUUCACAAAUACAACUCCAAAAAACUAAGAUGGCGGGUGUUAGUUCCGAUGAUCUUGCUUCUGCAGUUAAUGCCAAACUAAAAAAAGAAGCCAAUACUAUUCAAGGUUGGUGGGAUAUUUUAUAG